CUUUGGUUUAGAUUUGCAGCUUUUUUGUAGAGCAACCAAAUACCUAAUCAUUUCAACAUGGUUACUAAUGAGAAACGAGUUAAGAAGUGGAGUCUUUACAUCAGUGAAUACAAUUUUCAACUAUCGGCAUACGCAAAUUUCAUUCGCCGGUUAAGCACCACCGCCGUUCUAGAUCGGACCAUGAUUGAGCAACUGGAAGACUUAAUAAAUCAAUUGGAAGAAAUUAGCAAUUUCAAGGCAUUUCAAGAGUCCAAUGAAACGGAUAACAAUAUAAAUGACAUUAGCUUAAUAAUUAAAUGUACUUUUUGUCCUUGGUAUACGAUCAACGGCGAGCAAUUAUUAUUGCACAUAAUGAAUUCGUAUCAUAAAAAAAAUUCGAGACUAAGCCGUUUUCAAACGAAAGCCAGUGCCGGCUACCGUGAAUAUAUAGGGCACGCAAAAACCAGAAUUACCAACAAUCGCCUGCCUGAAUCAACUUUGGGAGAUGUAAUCGGUUUUCAUUUUUUGACUAAAUCAUUCUGGCACAUAACCGAUAAAUAUCUACGAGCGCUUCAGGCGCUUGGUUUAAAACCAACUUUCAUGAUUGCACAUGGAGUCAACGAGCUUUUGUCGCAAAUUGAUUGUUUUAUAUCGUCGGCUAAAUGUGUUGAAUCAAUUCAAUCCUCUAAAAGUUUACUGAUGACGUACAAUAUCUGGGAUAUUGGCUACAAGUACAGGGAAAAAGUUUAUACAAAACCGGUGCAAGCGUUUCAGGAUCUUAGUAAUCCCCUGCCUGACGUGCCCCCCAGGAAUGUGUUUUCGCUACCGUCUAAUGCGUUUCCAUCGAUGAAUUUGAACAAUCAGCAAAACUUCCAAACAAAUCCUCUUCAGCAAGGGGUUCCAAUAUGUCCAACCCAUUUACCGACUAUUUCGGUUCCGCCUAAUAAUACUGUUUACCGAAACCAGUCCGGAAUACAGCAACUAUUAUAUGAUCCCAGUAAACCCCCUCCAAUUAUUCCUCCUCAAAACCAUCAGAAACAGCCGCCAACUCAACGGAAUCGAACGGAGACUUCCCCGUUGCUUCCACCAUUGCAUGAACAAAAUAACGAAGACCUAGUUCGUUCUGAACAUUUAAAACAGUUUCUACAAGACCCCAGCCUAGGUUCAUUGAUCAAAAUCGGCAAUAUCCUCAGCGAAUUCGAAAAAACUACCCUUAUACUCUCGGACAUCAAAUCAGCACUUAAAGAAACAAGUUCUAAUGUUACAGUAAGUUUGUUUGGCUCCAAAGUGAGUGGCGUUGGCUAUGAGGAGGAUCCGCUAAAUAUAUGUGUAGACGACGGAAACAAAAUAAAAACUCUUAGCAGGGUUGAAUCGCUAUUGAACAAAUUAAAGGAGUUUUUCGUCGACAAUCCCGAAGAAUGGUCGAUUGUGAACACAACAAACGACGGUAUCCAUUCGUGCAUUUACGUGAAGAAUCAUUGCGAAAGUGUCUGCUGUCAAAUUUCAUUCACAAGCGGAAUUUAUUGUUGCAACACACAGAUCAUUCGUUAUUAUGUGCGGACGUUUCCAAUCUUCCAGAAAAUGUGCUAUUUUCUGAACGAACUAUCCAGGAUGUUAAAACUGUCUUUCCAUCAACAUUUGGUAGUCUUGCUAGUUGUGUUUUAUCUACAGACCGAAAACUUUCUUCCAACGGUCACCCAACUACAGCUGCCAGAGGAGCAGAUAGAUGAAGACUGGAAUAUCAGCUUCAACCCGAAAAAACCGCCCGAACUAAAACUAACAGAAUGCGAAUCGGAUCUGCGCAAAUGCGUCGCCGGUUUCUUCAAUUACUAUGGAAACAAAUUUUCAUUCAGCGAAUCGGUUGUUUCACCUCACGUAGGAACUCCGGUGAAACGAGUUGACUUCACCCCUAACAACGAGUGGCGACUGCCGUUCGAGCGUUAUAGACAGUUCCUGAAUAAGAAGCUGCCAGGCGCCAGUGACCAAAUGGUUACAUCACAGCGGUUCAACGCUACUACACCAAUGUGCGUACAGGAUAUGCUGAACCUUUCCAAAAACAUUGCGGAAACCGUCACUGCUCAAGAUACAGAUAAAUUCGUGAAGCUGUGUCAGGAGCUCCACUUGUGGUACACCAACAACAAAUAAGCACUAUGUUUGAUACACUGUUAUAGCUUCUUAGAAGCGAGUGAUUUUACAAUGAAGUUAUUUUUAUUACCAGAACUGAUUGCCGUCGAUAAUCGGUAAACUAAAAAUAAGGCAGAUGACAGUUUCAGGGUAUAUGACAGUUUCAGUAAGUUUUUAUCACAAACUUCAAAGCCUCGUACAUGGUAGGAAACAAUGAGUUCUACUGCGAAAAAAAAAUAUAUAUAUAUAUACAGGUCGGACUCGAUUAUAUACAGACUCGAUUAUAUAUUGACUCGAUUAUAUAUGAUUCGAUUACAUAUAGUGCAGGGUCUCGUUCAGACGUAUAAUAUAGAAAAUAUAUAUUUUGUAAACUGACGAAACCCUCAUCCAUUCUUUUAGGUCAAGCAAACUUGUUAUUGAUAUUUGUUGUUUUUUUUCUUUCGGAUGAUAAAUAAAAAUAAGUACAAUAGAACAUUCCAUACAA